AAGACUUUCCCUGCCCUCACCCAAAGGCCAAGUCCCCAUGCUUCUGUGGCUGCUGCUGCUGAUCCUGGCUCCUGGAAGAGAACAAUCAGGAUUAGCUCCAAAAGCUUUUCUCCUCCUCACUCCUUCAUGGACCACAAACUUCAAAGGAGAGAAAGUGACUCUCACAUGCUGGGAUUCCCAUUCUCCAGCCAAGGGGGACAUAUAUUGGUAUUAUAAUGACAAUUUUUGGAAAAAAGAAUCUGGAGAUCUCCAGAUAAAUAUGUCCGGAUAUUACAAAUGCAAGACCCAAAGAUCUUCCUUCAGUGACCCUGUGCAUGUGGAAUUUUUAUCUGAUUGGCUGAUCCUCCAAGCUUCCCACCCUGUCUUUGAAGGAGAUAAUAUAACUCUGAGAUGCCGGGGGAAGAAAGAAGCAGAUAUUAGGGAAAAGAUUUACUACAAAGAUGGAGAAAAACUUGUUGUUAGUUAUGACUCAGGCUCCGUCAGACUAAAUUCAAUCUCCAGGAUCAGUGGAAAAUAUCAUUGUACUGCUUCUGGGGGAGGUUUUUGGAGACGAUGGGAACAAACCUCAAAACCUCUAAGGAUCCAAGUGCAAGAGCUGUUUCCACCUCCUCUGCUGACAGCCAGCUCCUCCCAGCCCACAGAGGGGAACCCAGUAACCCUGAAGUGUGAGACCUGGCUCCCUCCACAGAAGUCAUACAUUCAGCUUCAAUUCUGUUUCUUCAGAGAAGACAAAGUCCUGGGGUCAGGCUGGAGCAGCUCCCCAGAGCUUCAGAUCCCUGCCAUAUGGAGUGAAGACUCAAGGUCUUACUGGUGUCAGGCAGGGACAGUGACUCACAGUGUCAUGAAAAGAAGCUUGAAAUCCCAGAUACAUGUGCAGAGAGUCCCUGUAUCUGAUGUGAAUAUAGAAAUGCAGCCCCCUGGGGGGCAGCUGAUUGAAGGAGAAAAUCUGGUCCUUAUCUGCUCAGCAGCCAAGGGUACAGGGACUAUCACAUUCUCCUGGCACAGAGAGGGCAUAAUAAGAAGUUUGGGAAGAAAGACCCAGCGUUCCCUGUCAGCAGAGCUCUGGAUACCCACUGUGAAGGAAAGCGAUGCUGGGAGAUAUUACUGUGCAGCUGACAACUUUCAAGGCCCCAUCCUCAGUGAAUGGAUUACAGUCACACUGAAAAUUCCAGUGUCUCGCCCCAUCCUCACCCUCAGGGCUCCCAGGGCCCAGGCUGUUGUGGGGGAUGUGGUAGAGCUUCAUUGUGCGGCCUGGAGAGGCUCUCCUCCAAUCCUGUACCAGUUUUAUCAUGAAGAUGCCACCCUGGGGAGCAGCUUGGCCCCCUCUGGAGGUGGAGCAUCCUUCAACCUCUCUCUGACUGCAGAACAUUCUGGAGCCUAUUCCUGUGAGGCUCACAAUGGCCUGGGAGCCCAACAUAGUGACAGAGUGAUUCUCAACAUCACUGUUCCAGUGUCUCGCCCUGUCCUCACUGUCAACCCUGCUGGGGCCCAGCCUGUGGCGGGAGAACUGUUGGAGCUUCACUGUGAGGCCCAAAGAGGCUCUCCCCCAAUCCUGUACUGGUUUUAUCAUGACAAUGACACACUGGGGAACAGCUUGGCCCCCUUUGGAGGAGGAGCAUCCUUCAACCUCUCUCUGAUGGCACAGCAUUCUGGGAACUACUCCUGUGGGGCCGACAAUGGCCUGGGGGUCAAAUGCAGUGAGAUGGUGACACUCAACUUUACAGAUCACAAAUAUUUGCCACUGGAACUCACGUGUAGGUCUCUCCACUUAGGGUCUUCCAGGAACAAAAUAAUCCUUAUCACUGUGGGAGUCAUCGGGGGGCUGCUAAGUAUCCUUGGCCUUGCUGCUACUGCUGCUCUGGUGGGCAACUUCAAGACCCAAAGGAAAUCAGGAGGACUUUCUGCCACUGGAACACCUAGUCCCAAUGAGUGUCAGGAGCCUUCCUCAUCCAGGCCCUUCAGGAUAGACCCCCAAGAGCCCACUCAUUCUGAGCCACCAGCCUUAAUGGAGCUGCAGCCAGUGUACAGCAAUGUGAAUCCUGGAGAUAGUGAACUGGUUUAUUCCCAGAUCUGGAGCAUCCAGCAUACAAAAGAAAAUUUAGCAAGUGCACCAAGGAUGCAUUGGGAGCAUAAGGGACCUACAGUCAUCUAUUCAGAGUUGAAGAAGGCACAUCCAGAUGACUCUGCAGUGCAGGCUAGCAGUAGAGGCAGCACCCAUGGAGAUGCUACAGAAAACUAUGAGAAUGUCCCAUGUGCAUCAUCAGCCUUGGACCACUAGCCCUUUACCAGAGCGGCCCCCAGAGAACCUGCAAAGCAGCCCGUGCCAUUCUCCCUGUUUUCUCCAACCGUGCACCCUCUGCCUCCAGGACCCAGUCUCCCAGGAGGCUGGGCAGUGGGGGAUGUGAGACUGUGUGAAAUAUCUGCCAGCCUGCUCUGUCCCCAAGUCUGUGUGAUCUCUAGGAACAGAGUGGGCAGCAUUUGAGUAAAUGCUGCAUUCUUUUCACAGUAGAGAUACAUAUGAAGGCAGGUGGGCCUUUGGCACCUGGGCCUGUGGAAUAGAGGAGGAGGGGGAAAAGGUCUAGGUAGGAUCAAGAGGGUAUUACAUGGUCAUUUGAUCUAAGCAUGAUCAAAAGCUUUUAAAGUACUAUCUCUGCAUAAACAAUUCGCUCUAAACAUUUUUUUUCCUUUUGUGUGUGGUUGAUAGUGGCUUUGCUGAUGUUCUGGUGUAUAUACUAUGUUUCAGCUACCAAAUUGGAAAUGACCUAAAGGAUUGAUUCUAUCUACAUGUGUACUAUUUCUUCAUGCAAUGUGCAUCAGUACUAAGAAAUUUUUAAAAAAUAACCCAAUAUAUUUAAUGGGAGAGAGCUUCCAAAUUAUCUGACUAAAUAGUAUUAUGGGCUGAAUUGUGUUCCCUCAAAUUUCAUAUGUUCGAGCCUAACCUCCAGUGUGACUAUACUUGGAGACAGGGCCUUUAAGGUGGUAAUUAAGUUAAAUGAGGUCAUAAGGGCAGGCCCUAAUCCAAUUGGACUGGUGUCCUUACAAGAAGAAGAUACACUGGGAAUAUCUCUGUCUCUCUUCAUGCACACAGAAGAAAGGUCACGUGAGUACACAGCAAGAAGGCAGCCAUCUGCGCAGCCAGAAGGUGGCCAGGAAGAGAAGUCCCACCAGAAAGCAACCCUACUAGCCCCUUGAUCUUGGACUUCCAGCCUCUAGAACUAUGAGAAUAUAAAUGUCAGAUGUUUAAGCUACCUGGUCUGUGGCAUUUUGUUGUGGCAGCCAGAGCAGACUAAAACAGAUUUAAACAUAGAUUUAUAGAUGAUAAAUGAUUAGUGAUGAUGAUGAUGAUGAUGAUAGAUAAAUAAAAUAGAUGCAAAUAUAUGACACACACACACUCCCAGCCUACGCAGAAUUUUAUGUCUUCAAGAUACUUCCUCUUUCACAAGACUAAACAUUCCUUCUACCUGUAGCAGCUCAGUUUUACUGUCUAAUUAUGAAACAUCCACUAUUUGAAAGCUACAGAAGCAUCAGCACCAACGUUGGAAGCCCAGUAGAGCCAAUGAUUCACAUGACUCAGAUGACAAAGCUUAGCAUCACUUGGGAGCCCUCAUGACCUGAGCUACGGUGGAUGUAGAGAUAGAUGCAAGGCAAUCAGUGGGCUCAAGGGAGGACACUCCCUCCCAUUGCUCAAAGACUCCUAACCCUUUCCUCAACUGACUGGCAAAUAUUGAGCAACUACCACUGAAGAAAAAAUUUUAAAAAAGCAUGCCGUUUGUGCUUAAGUUUCAGGAAAAAUGGCAGAAUCACUUUUAUUUAUAAGUUCUGCUUAGGCAGGAAAGGAAUAACUGAAAUUGUUAGCCUCUAUCACCCAGUAUUACACUGAACGUUUUAUAGCUCUGAAAACAAUAGACCUGAAGAAAAGAAGCUGGUAAGUUCACUGAUGACUGAUGUAUAUCAACUGAUACAAUUUAUGGACGUCAUUGAUUUUACACCAGCCAUUGUUCAUGACUUUAAAUAAAUAACACAAUAAUGCUUUGAGAACCUGGAAAAGAGCUCAAGCAUAAAAGUAUUAAAUGUAUUUCCAAUUUUAUGCUUUUCCCCUUGGGGGUCAGAAGCUUAGACAACAGCAAGUGUAACAUAUACUUUAGAAAAAUGCAAUCUUAUUUGAGGUUUUUAAUUAUAGGCUUAUGAAUUCAACUAGCAAGCUAAUUUGCCAAGGAAAAAAAAUAUUUCUUUCUUAAGGAGGAGAUACAUAUUUUUAUUAUGAAAGAGGACUUAAAUGUCUUGUCUGCAUAUUAGUAGGUACAAAAUUAAAUCUAGAAUGUAUGCUUGACCUUUAGAGGUGCAAAGAAUUCAUGUAAUCUUUGUAAUCUAUAGGUGUAAUCUAUCUCUGUGCUUAAAUUUUUCUCCAAAUGCCUCCCCACUUUGGGAUCCAGGAAGAAUAAAGCUGUAUAAUGGCGGAGGGGGACAUGUCACUAAGUGCCAGCUCUGAGAAAUCCAUCUGAAAGAGUGGUGAAAAAAGACAAAUGUUUCUUUAUUGACUUAAGAGAGAGAAAAUUCCUAAAGGAGAACGACAGCUUCUAGGCAGCAUCCCAUGGAUGGUGAGAGUCACUCUCCGGGAAUGCAUAACAAUGGUGCAUCAGCACCAAGGACAGCAGCCUCUAAGACAAAGAGAAUCGACAAAUGCCAGCAAGAGAUGGGGACCAGAGGGACUCUACAGUGCACAGAAUAACUCCAAGUGUGUGGGGACCUCCCUCCCAGAACUUCUUAUCCACGUCCUCAAACUGAGGGCAAAUAGUAGUACUUGUAAGCAGUCAGGAAGAGUCUAAGGAAUAUUUGGGAAAAGAUCGAAGAGGAAAUUAUGUUUCCAACUAGUCAAGAAGGUAUCAUUUGAGGCAUCAAGAUUUGAGGCGUUACUAUAAUUUCUUUCUUUACAAUUUAUUCAUUUUAUUCGUUUACAAAUUUAUUGAUGAAUAAUUUAUGCAUAAUAAACUGCACAUAUUUAAACUAUACAAUUCAAUGAAUUUUGACAGAUAAUAUACAUCCAUGAGACAACCAUGACAAUCAAGAUCCCAUAUAUCUCCAUCACCCCCCAAAAUUUCCUUGUCCCCUAAGCAAUACAUCUUUCCCUCCACCUCCAUCUUAUGCAAUCACAAAUAUGCUUUCUGUCACUACAGAUUAAUGUGUAUUUUCUGAAAUUUUAUUUAAAUAGAAUCCUACAGUAUAUACUUUUUUUUGUGUCUGGCUUUUUUUACUAAGCAAAAAGAUUUUGAGAUUCAUUCACAUUGUUUCAUGUAUCCAUAGUAUAUUCCUUUUCAUUGUUAAGUAAUAUUCCAUUGUAUGGACAUGCCACAUUUGCU